AUGAACUCAAGACUCACAUAUCAGCGACAUGAGAAAGAUGUUCGUCGUAUCCCAACAAGUUGUAAUCAGAGAAUGGGAAACCUCAACUUGACAAUCAGAACGCAACCCGCAGGGUCAAAUCAGAACAACGCGUAUCAUCCGGGAACUCAUAACCAAACCCCACAAUAUUGGGGAACUAAUCAACGUUUCCCACAACCAUCUCCAACGAAUCCAUUUCUCCCCAGGCAGAUGGGAAUCCCUUGGUUCCAAAAUCAACGCACGGCAGGAACAAAUCCGAAUGCAGUGCAACAUCCGAGAACUAAUCUGCACUUAAAUCCGACACCAAAUCAGAUUGGCAGCGUCCAUGCGCAGUUUCCAGGCCCUCCUCUUUUUACGCCACGGGUUGGGACAUUUCAGUUUCAGGGAAAUGGUCAAAUAUGUGGAGAAAGGAUUCCAAGUAGGGCCACAUUUCAGUUUCAACCAGCGACGACUCGGGUGAACAAUAAAAAAUUAACGCCAUCGCGACAGAGACAGAAUAAAUGGUUUGUGAACUCUGCAUUAUUCGGACCGGAUGAAAGAGUAGAGAAACAGCAAAAGGAGGAAGGAAGUCCACAGGUAGAAGAAGCCAGCCAGGCGCAAAAAGAAAUAAUUGCUAAAAUUAACCAUAUAAAACACCUUUCAACGAGUUAUUCCAAAGUCAAGGCACUUGAACUUUUGUGCGAAGACCUUCAGACACCCGUGUUUGGAGAUUUUCCGGGGUACGAACAAGAAAGGACUAUAAUGAAAAAUCUUGCACACUUCUUAAAAGAGCAAAUAAACGAGAUAAAACGGGUUGAGGAGGAAGAAAAAAGAAAAAAUUGGUUAGAGAAUUUCGAACCGACCAUGCGCGCCCCUUUUCCUGUCAUAGCCAUUAAGAUACGCGAACUCGAGAACAAAAGGAACAUGCUUGAGAAAGAGAGGAAAGACUCCGAAAACAUAAACAAGGAGGGUAAAAAUUGCGCAGGUGAACAUGGAGAGACGAAAAAAGAAGCGGACAUGUUAAAGGCAGAAGUAGAAGUAUACGAUAUUCGCUUGAAGGCUAUGAGAGAGAGGCAAAGUUCGGAGCGGAAGAGCAUCGAUUCAAAACGCAUCCAACAUGAACGGGAAAUGGAAGAAAUAAACAAAACUUACGAUCACAGUUUACACGAAGGUCUUCGUAGUAUACAGGAAAAGAUCGUUCAGGAAACAAAACUGCUUGUCGAAGUAAAAAAAGAAAUAUAUGACAUGAAAAACGAAAAUGAAUGUAUACAAUUACGUAUUUCUGAGACGGUAGCCAAAAAUGAAGAGUUCAAGAAAUUGUGCGCUAAAUCCUGA